AUGGUACCUCGGCCUGGUCGAUCUCAAGAGAAGAACGCAACAACAAGCUGGAUUACUCAUUAUCCAACGCAAUGUUCGCUCGUGGUGCACUCUGCGUACUUGGGAAUGGUCAAGCCUCUGCUCAAGGCUGGAAAGGAACACGAAGAGAUGGAGAAACUAUCAGAAAAGAUCAAAUCUCUGGAAGAGGCCGUAGCCAAAGGUGACGAAAACAGGAAACAGCUGGAAUCGCAGGUUUUAAAAGGCUUAAGACUGCAAGCAUUACUAAAGGUGGCCGGACUGGUGGAAGAGAAGAAUCAACUGUUCCUGAACUUGGAAAAGGAAAAGGCCAACUUGCAAGACGCCGAAGAACGCAAUCAGAAGCUGGCUGCUUUGAAAGCAGACCUCGACAAGCAACUUGCUGAAGUUCAGUAUGAACAAGAGAUCGCUGAGCACAAGAAGCAUGCGCAGGAUCUCGAACUGUCUUUGAAGAAGGCCGAAAGCGAGAAACAGGUAAGUAGGGAUGCACUUAAUCGAAGAUAGGA